CACCUGUGCUCUAGAUCAAUAUAUAAAUGCUUAGCAUGAUCAAAAUCAAAGAUACAUGGAACGAUUUGAGAUUUAUUACAUCUUGACAUACAGAAUAUUUUUUGACACAUUUUUUGGCAUCAGGACUACAUUAGAUUGAGGAAAGCAUACACAUUGAAUCCGGAUCACUUUUCCCGAAAAGAACCAAAACAUUUUAUUUUUAGUUCAUGUGAUAAGACAGUCAUGCAGGAAUGAUUGACGAGGGAUCUGCGUAUCUCGUCCCCCCCACCACCACCCCCGCUGACUUGAUCUAAACGCGUCCGGUGACCUCUUGACCUCCCAGCAGCUCGAGAUCGUACCCACAAUAAACAACGUGAAAAGUGAGGUUUCCGUUUUCGGCUCAUAAAGAGACUAAAAAUACGUGCACAGAGCUGCAGCGCCACGGACCCCUCACACACCGGAUUCAAUCAGCACUUCAAAGGCUGCGUGAGCAUGUGACGACACAACAUCAAAGGGACGGAGGGCGAGACUCAAACCCAGCGUGUGGGCGUGCCGCGGCGAGCGAGCGCUCAGGGUGUGGGGACCGACGCCCCGCGAGGAGCUGCAGCCAACCACAACAUAGACCGACUGGCCCGCGGGAGACAGAGAGAGAGAAAAGAGAAUGAGAGAGAGAGAGAGAGAGAGAGGGGCGGGUAGGAGGGAAGGACCUCAGAUAAAUACCCAACUUCAUCUGGAGGUCAGGAGGACUUGGAUCCGGAGGGAGAUAACGCUGCGCCGGUAACAGAUUUUAAAAGGUUCCCUGGGUGAUCCGAACUAAUUCUGUGCAUAAAAUUUGGGCGGGGGAGGCGAAUCUGGAAGCAACGAUGGAGAUCCAUAAUCUGCGCUCAUUCAGUCCACCCAUGAGCGAGCGGUCGUCUCCGGGAGGCCUCCAUGCGCUUUAACAGGACUUCGCAUCUCUCCGCGUAGAAUGCCGUGUUUGAUUCGGACCCGGCUGACACACACGCCCCUGUAACAGCUAGAACCAUGAGGAGCCGUGGUGGGUGUCGAAGCUCGGCUGGCCUGUCGGCGGUGCGCUCCUGCCUGCUGCUGCUCUUCAUCCACAUGAGCGCGCCGGUGGAGGCGCGGCGAGUGCGCGGCGGCCGCGCUCAGACCCGGCGGGUCCAGCAGCAGCAGACUCCGGAGCAGCAGCGGGUGGAAGGACCGGAGAGCUUCCCACUGGACUUCACAGCCGUGGAGAGCAACAUGGACAACUUUAUGGUGCAGGUUAAGAACCUGGCGCAGUCGCUGUACCCCUGCUCCGCGCAAAAGCUGGAUCAAGACAUGAAGCUGCACCUCUUGAGUAAUUUGUCGGUGACCUGCAACGACGGCUCAUCAGCGGGGUUCUACAUCAAGGAGUCCAAAGGCAGCAGGAGGUGGCUUCUCUUCCUGGAAGGUGGGUGGUACUGCUUCAAUAAACAGACCUGCAGCAGCCGAUAUGAGACCAUGAGGAAUCUGAUGAGCUCCACCAAGUGGCCACAGAGCAGAAGAGGAACAGGAAUCCUGUCUCCAGAGCCAGAGGAAAACCCUCACUGGUGGAACGCCAACAUGGUUUUUAUUCCUUAUUGCUCCAGCGACGUGUGGAGUGGAGCCACGCCAAAGACCGAGCACAGUGAUUAUGCCUUCAUGGGCUCUCUGAUUAUCAAGGAGGUGGUGAAGGAGCUGCUGACUAAAGGUCUGGACAAAGCCAAGGUUCUGCUCCUGGCAGGCAGCAGUGCGGGCGGUACCGGCGUCCUGCUGAACGUGGACCGCGUCGCCGAGCAGCUGCAGGCGGCGAGCCACAGGGGGGUGCAGGUCAGGGGCCUGGUCGACUCCGGGUGGUUCCUGGACAACAAACAGUACAAGGCCACCGACUGCCUGGACACCGUCAGCUGCGCCCCCACCGAGGCCAUAAAGAGAGGCGUCAGGUACUGGGGUGGACUGGUACCAGAGAGCUGCAGGCAGGCUCACGUAGAGGAGGAGUGGAGCUGCUUCUUUGGGUAUAAAGUCUACCCGACGCUGAAAAGCCCGGUGUUCAUGGUCCAGUGGCUGUUUGACGAGGCUCAGCUGACCGUGGAUAACAUCCACCUGACCGGGCAGCCUCUUCACGAGGCCCAGUGGAGGUACAUCCAGAACCUGGGUCAGGAGCUGAGGAGCACGCUGCGAGACGUACCAGCCACGUUUGCUCCAGCCUGUCUGUCUCACGAACUCAUCACCAGGACGCACUGGAUGGACAUUCAGGUGAAAGGCACGUCCCUGCCCAGAGCGCUCCACUGCUGGGACCGGAGCCUCCAGAGCACCAACAGCAGCCACGGCCUGAAGAAGCACCGGACCCCCCCGUCGAGGGGAUGCCCCCUUCAUCUGGUGGACAGCUGCCCCUGGCCGCACUGCAACCCGUCCUGCCCGACCAUCAGAGACCAGCUGACGGGACAGGAGAUGAGCGUGGUCCAGUUCCUCAAGCACAUGGGCUUCGACGUGCAGAAGAUGGCCCAGCAGCAGGGAAUGGACGCCAAGAGGCUACUGGGCAUGCUCAGUAAUGGAAGCUGAGCUGCCUGGUCGUAGCUAAACGAGCGCAGUUGUAGUUGUUGGAGGCCAGUCUUUAUAAGCACAUGAAUGAAAUAAGAACCUCUUCUUACUUUGAUGUCUUGGUGACAAACUGAACAAUGUGAACAUUCAUAAGUGCCUUGUUUAUUUUGAAGACGUGUAAGUCGCGUACAACCAAACCAGAAAGUUUGAGCUGUUGGGAAGCUUCACAUGGGAUCAGCGUAGAUACACUCCAACUCAGAGGAGGCGGCUACAGCGAGCGUAACGCAGGAGCGUCUCAAUGUAAAAGUUAAUUUAUUUCAGUAAUCCAAAGAAUGAAACUCAUUCCACACAUUCGUUAGUCAGUGAUGGAUUGCAAGUGUUUCCUUCUUUCCCGUUUCCUUUUGCAUGAACUACUGCAUCAAUGCGGCGCAGCAUGUAGGAGGUUCUAACGGAGGGUCAGGUUGCUUUAACAACCCAUUCAUCUCCGUCUCGACAUUACAUAGAUUCUCUAGGAGGUUAAAGGUCAGGGGAGUUUGCUGGCCAAUCAAGAACAGGAACAGCAUGGUCACUGGUCCAGCUUUUGGUGCCGCUGGCAGUUUGGACAGGCGCCAAGUUCUGCUGGAAAAUGAAAUCAGCAUCUCCAUAAAGACCGAGCAGAAGGAAGCAUGAAAUGCCCCAAGACUUCCUGGCAGAGGCUGCGUUGACUCUUGACUUCAGCAGGUUUCUGCAGGUUUCACCAACCCAAAAUUAAGACUUUUUAAGACCACUUUGACUUAGAUUUAAGACCUGUCAGGAGAGAAAAUAGAAUAAAUUGUAUGCGUUUGCAACAGAAGUGAACCAAUGGGUAAGAUGAACUUCGUCCAGCCAACUGGUGAUAAAUUUGCACUGAGCCACGUUGGACGUUAAAAAGUUAGCUAGCUUUAGCAGCUAGUUACCGCUUGCUGCAACCGCCUCGAGUCACAGAACGCGGUGACCAUGUCUGCAUACAAUUCAGCUUUGGGUAACGGUAAAUUACUGAGAAAACAGAAAACUACACAGAACAAAUAUUCCUUUCACAACAUACAACUAACGUAUUUGAGACCAACUUUUUUUUUUUCAAAUUAAUUUGAAAACUUUUAAGGCCUUAUUUAUAGAAACAUGAAUUGAAGACAUUUUGAGGAUGAACAGACCCUCUGUUUCACAAUCCUAACAAGCUGCACUUCUCUCUGUCGUUCUCUUCUUACUUCCACAGCUUUUCCUUCCGAUAAACUUUCCAAUAAUAUGUUUGUGCCAGCUUCUUUAGCACUGACCUCUUUGGUUUCCUUGUAGAGCAUGAAUGUCUGCUGCAAAACUGGCCAUAACAUAAAAUAUAUUUCUGUAUUGAAAAUAUGUUUUAUUGAUCUCAUGUUCCAUUCAGAUUUUCUGAGAAAUUGAUCUUGGGUUUUCAAUAUCUGUGAGCCACAAUCGGGAAAACUAACAGAAACGAAUGCUGGAAAUGCACCACUCUCUACAGAAGAUGAGUUUCACUCUUUGAAAAGAAAUACUGCAGUAAAAGAAACAUUUUAUUAAUUGGGAGACACCAGUAUAUGCAAUAACCUGAACUUCACGCCCUCAUGUAGAGGUAAAACGACAAUGACAGCAGCCUGAGGGGUUCCAACGGGAAACCACCGGACUGGAAACCAUUCCCAGUUUGACGUGGACGUUCCCAGUAUGCUGUGGUCAAGGGGAACGAGGCGGGCCAGAAAUGACGCCGAUUCCUCUGCUCACUAAAUAUGCUGCUUUUUCUCCAUGUGAAACAAAAAAUAAUUUUAUGGGAAUUAUUUACUAAUAAAAACAAAAUGUAACUCUGUUCUUGUGCCUACAGUUCACUGUACUAUUUAUUUUUUUUAUUGCUCAAAAUCUGGGACAUUUCUGUAUUAAGUCUACUUUUUAUUUGCAUGUUUGUAAUAAAUACUUGUAUGCUUGUGGGUCCAUUACUGUUUGUUUUGUUAAAGAAAGGUAUUUUCAUAAACUGUAUUCUGCUCACCUUUUUAAGCAAAAAUAAAUACAGAUACACAGCGAUGUAAUAAAACGUCAUUUACUUACAAAAGCAGAGUGAAAAUUUCACCGUAAAAAGAAAAUAAAAAUUAUUUACACCAACACACCCAGAAAACCCAAAGUUUACCAAUGGCACACUAAUGACAUAUUUGGAUGAGGAACAGAAAAUAGUUCACAGUUGGUAGAAAAAGUGCUUCUUUAAAAGGAGAUGAAAUCUAAAUAUUUCUGCUUUAUUAAAUACAAAAUUAUCUGGAUGUUGAACAGUUAGUUAAAAA